GCAAAGCUUCCUCUGAUCUUUCUGCUUUGCUCGAGGAGCCAGCUAAGGAGGAAGAAGAAAUUCAGGCACAGUCCAUUAGCCUGCACAGAAAAGGGAAAUUACUCUGACUGCAGCAUGACCACAGCAGGAAAAGUCAUUAAAUGCAAAGCUGCUGUUCUUUGGGAGGUCAACAAGCCCUUUUCCAUUGAGGAAGUGGAGGUAGCCCCACCCAAGGCCAAAGAAGUGCGAAUAAAGAUUGUGGCAACAGGAAUCUGCCGCUCGGAUGACCAUGUGGUAGUUGGGACAUUGCCUCAACGCCUCCCAAUAAUCCUGGGGCAUGAAGCUGCAGGGAUUGUGGAGAGCAUUGGAGAAGGAGUGACUUCUGUAAAACCAGGCGACAAAGUUAUCCCACUCUUUACUCCACAGUGCAAGGAAUGCAAAGUUUGUAAGCACCCGAAUGGCAACACUUGCAUUAAAAAUGACCUGACUGCUGGUAGAUGCACUUUACAGGAUGGUACCACCAGAUUUACCUGCCGAGGGAAGCCAAUUCAUCAUUUCGCUGCCACAAGCACCUUCACUGAGUACACAGUGACAGACGAAAUCUCUGUUGUAAAGAUCGAUUCAUCCUCUCCCCUGGAAAAAGUUUGCCUGAUGGGCUGUGGAUUUACCACUGGUUAUGGUUCUGCAGUAAAAGUUGCCAAGGUCACUCCUGGCUCUACUUGUGUUGUCUUUGGCCUGGGGGGCGUUGGCUUGUCAGUGGUCAUUGGCUGUAAGUCAGCUGGAGCCUCCCGGAUCAUUGGGGUGGACAUUAACAAGGACAAAUUUGCAAAGGCCAAAGAGGUAGGUGCUACUGAGUGCAUCAACCCUCUGGACUACAAGAAACCCAUCCAUGAUGUUCUGGCUGAAAUGACCGAUGAUGGCGUUGAUUUUUCAUUUGAAGUCAUUGGACGUAUAGACACAAUA